AUGAGACGAACUUUGCUAAAAAUCCUUGGGAUGUGGCAUCGCAAUAUCAACUGGCAUACUUGCUCGAGCUUUGGAGACCAAAAGGUCGUCGCAUUCGGAAAAGCCAUGGGCUGUCUUACUGGGGCCCCCCAUUUCACGAAAGGAUCAGGUGAUUUUGAAGCCGAGCAGACCAACACACUCUCCGGUUUUCAAGCGAACGCCCCAGCCCAGACCCCACGUCAGGCGCAUCAGACCAAUUCUCACGAAGGGCGCAUGCUGCAAGCUCGAGAGCAGCACGGCGAAGGCCUGGGCCGUGGCCGCCACCUGCCGCGCCUGCGAGAAGCAAGCGGAGUGACCUGCUCGAGCUUUGGAAAUCAAAAGACGCUUUCAAAGAACGGCGUCUCCAUGCAUGAUUGCCCGGACUGUUCGCUUCUACUGUGGCAAGUCCAGCAGUGCCCAGCAACCCGGGAAUUGACAGAGCUGCUUCCUGUACAGGCGUGGUCUUCUGCAGGGCGCGCGGUGUAUGGACCGCAGGCCACGCAGCAUCGCCCAACAAGGCAGCUUCCAAUGAUCUCCAAAGUAUUCUCAGCAGGUAUCUUAGUCACAGGUUCCUUAGGUCUGUUCGUUUGA